AGGCGGUGGCGAUGGGGGCCGCCCGGAUCGCACCCAGCCUGGCGCUCCUUCUCUGCUGCCCAGUGCUCAGCUCCGCAUAUGCGCUGGUUCCAGAUGCCUGAAGUUUCCCCACUUCUGAAGACUUGGCUUGGGGUCCUGGGUCUGGAAACCUGUGGUUGGAGUUCCCCUACACCAUGCUUCUGUGAGCAUAUGGCUCUGGUCGUGGAUGCGGACGAUGUCUUUACUAAAGAGGAACAGAUUUUCCUGCUGCACCGUGCCCAGGCGCAAUGUGACAAGCUGCUCAAGGAAGUUCUGCACACAGCAGCCAACAUAAUGGAGUCAGACAAGGGGUGGACGCCAGCAUCUACGUCAGGGAAGUCCAGGAAAGAGAAGGCAUCGGGAAAGUUCUACGCUGAGUCUAAAGAGAACAAGGAUGUGCCCACCGGCAGCAGGCGCCGAGGACGUCCCUGCCUGCCAGAGUGGGACAACAUCGUUUGCUGGCCAUUAGGGGCACCAGGUGAAGUGGUGGCAGUACCUUGUCCCGAUUACAUUUAUGACUUCAAUCACAAAGGCCAUGCCUACAGACGCUGUGACCGCAAUGGCAGCUGGGAGGUGGUUCCAGGGCACAACCGGACGUGGGCCAACUAUAGCGAGUGCCUCAAGUUCAUGACCAAUGAGACUCGGGAACGGGAGGUAUUUGACCGCCUGGGCAUGAUCUACACCGUGGGAUACUCCAUGUCUCUUGCCUCCCUCACCGUGGCUGUGCUCAUCCUAGCCUAUUUUAGGCGGCUGCACUGCACGCGCAACUACAUCCACAUGCACAUGUUCCUGUCGUUUAUGCUGCGCGCCGCGAGUAUCUUCGUGAAGGACGCUGUGCUCUACUCUGGCUUCACGCUGGAUGAGGCCGAGCGCCUCACGGAGGAAGAGUUACAUAUCAUCGCGCAGGUGCCGCCUCCGCCCGCCGCUGCCGCGGUUGGCUACGCUGGCUGCCGUGUGGCCGUGACCUUCUUCCUCUACUUCCUGGCUACCAACUACUACUGGAUUCUGGUGGAGGGGCUGUACUUACACAGCCUCAUCUUCAUGGCCUUUUUCUCAGAGAAGAAGUACCUGUGGGGCUUCACCAUCUUUGGCUGGGGUCUGCCGGCUGUCUUCGUGGCUGUGUGGGUCGGUGUCAGAGCAACCUUGGCCAACACUGGGUGCUGGGACCUGAGCUCCGGGCACAAGAAGUGGAUCAUUCAGGUGCCCAUCCUGGCAUCUGUUGUGCUCAACUUCAUCCUCUUCAUCAACAUCAUCCGGGUGCUUGCCACUAAGCUUCGGGAGACCAAUGCGGGCCGGUGUGACACCAGGCAGCAGUACCGGAAGCUGCUCAGGUCCACGUUGGUGCUUGUGCCGCUCUUCGGUGUCCACUACACCGUCUUCAUGGCCUUGCCGUACACCGAGGUCUCAGGGACAUUGUGGCAGAUCCAGAUGCACUAUGAGAUGCUCUUCAACUCCUUCCAGGGAUUUUUUGUUGCCAUCAUAUACUGUUUCUGCAAUGGUGAGGUGCAGGCAGAAAUUAGGAAGUCUUGGAGCCGCUGGACACUGGCAUUGGACUUUAAGCGUAAAGCACGAAGUGGGAGUAGCAGCUACAGUUAUGGUCCAAUGGUGUCGCACACAAGUGUGACCAAUGUGGGCUCCCGUGCAGGACUCAGCCUUCCCCUCAGCCCCCGCCUGCUUCCUGCCACCACCAAUGGCCACUCCCAGCUGCCUGGCCAUGCCAAGCCCGGCGUUCCAGCCAUUGAGAACGAAACCAUACCAGUUACUAUGGCGGUUCCCAAGGACGACGGCUUCCUUAAUGGCUCCUGCUCGGGCCUGGAUGAGGAGGCCUCUGGGUCUGCACGGCCACCUCCAUUGUUGCAGGAAGAGUGGGAAACGGUCAUGUGACUGGGCACCAAGGGGCUGGACUGCUGGUGUGGGCAGAUGGACAGAUGGACCAAGAAGCCAGUGUUUGACUGGCUGUCUAUUCAGGACUGGACCAGAAAGAUAAACAAAAGGAAAAAAGAAAAAAAAAAAAAGGGAGCUAUGUGUGGCUUCCUGUGUUGUGCUCAAGGAUGCCUGGGUCUCGGAACCAUGAGAGGGUGUGGGGAGUGCUUUGCACAUGGUUGGGAGAAGGACCCCAGUCUCAUUAUGGAGGAAGGGUCUGGGAUUCGGGGAUUCAGCACUGUCCAACAGAAGGGGACUCUGCUCUCAAGGCCCAGAAGAGGGCUUUGGAACUAGCUCAGUUAGUAGUGCACUUGGCCCAGGACACACAAAGCUCUAGGUUCUAUUCCCAGCACCUCAUGAACAAGACUAGCAUCUGUAAUCCCAGUUCUCUAGAGACGGAGCCGGGAGGAUCAGAAGUUCAAGGACGGCUUUGGCUACGUAGAUAAGUUGAGAGGUAGCCUGGGAUCCAUGAGACCAUGUCUUAUAAAGCAAAACAAAGCAGACAUUGCUUAGAGAGGGUGUGCAGGAAUCCCAGCAGCCAGGUGGACCUGUGAGGGAGCUGCCAGCCUUCCCUGCUGUCCUGAGUACACUUGGGAGUCAAGCUUCCGCGGAACAACUCGGACCUGCUAGCCCCAAGUCACUGCAGCCAAGGUGACAGCAGGCACCUCAGGUCCUUGAUUCACUCUCAAGCCUGAGGCCCUGCCACCAGGUGACCCUUUCCUGUCUGACGGCCACACAGGUGGCCUCCGUAUGUAACCGCGGCUCCAAAAUGGGCAGAGGAUCCCUCUAGCCGAGGGUACAGGGACAGUGGGAGGUGGUUGCCUCUGCCCUGGCUCUGGAAGCUAGGAGUUUAGGCCCUAAGGGUUAGCUGGGGUGCAGGCCUGCAAGGCUAGACCUGUACAUUCACCUAAUAGCCAGAACGUUUGCUCAGGAUCCCCACCUGACUCCCCAUCCUCUGGGCCGUGCUGGUCCUGUCUUGAACCAUUUAUGGGCCCUCAAAAGGCUUGACACUCAGGCCACAUGCCUCUACGUGGGCUUCUUGGCUCACUGCACCACCCGGCUUUUGUAACAUCUGGUGGGUCUGUCCCUCCCUUUCUCAGAUCAAACCACCUUGCUUUUCCUCCAGUCCUCCUCCACCCCAGGCCUAAGCCGUCUAACUCAGGCAUCGGGUAUUAUGGGCAUAUACUGAGCACUCCUAGGCCAACCCCCGUCAUCCCUAGGCCCCCUUGAUGGCCAGUGGGACAGAUGACCAUCCAAAGGCUUCCCAAAGCUUCCGAGCCAGGCUGAGUUGGAGCCUGAGAACAUUUAGAGUCCCUGCUUCCAUGUGGAGGUCAGAGGAGAUAGGAGAGCAGGUCAAAAGACAGUGCCAGGUCAGAAGACAGUGACAGGACCAUAGUGUUGUCAGGAAAGACCCUGGGUGAGGCAGUGGCUGGGAAAGGAGUCCGCAGUGGGACAAAACCCCAUUCCUCUUCCUGGAGUAUGUGCUACCUCUGUACAGGGUUUAUACAGGAUCUCACAGACUGACCUGUGAGCUCAGCGUUACAGGACUUUUAGACUGCUCAACCCUUACAGCUACUUACUCUUUGCACUGACAACCCCAGACUGUUCUUUCAGAACGCCAUGACCUGAAAAUAUUCAAAUAUCACCCCCAGGUUAACUUCCGUCCCUCCCAGUUACCAUCUUCCCUCUGGAUCCCCCAAAUAGACAUGUCCUUUUCUUUUAAAGGUGUCAAAUGCCCUAAGAGUCCACCUUGUACCAUGCACCCAUGUCAGACCAGGCCUCCUGUAUUCAGUCGGACACAUCUUCAGCCAAGACCAGCCUCCUCCUUGGGGCGUUUGCACCCAGGACAGGAACAGCCAUGCUCCGCUCUUUAGGCUGGGUGUCACUGUCCCUUGUCUGAGACAGAUCCAGCCCAGUGCAUCGGCCCAAGGCCCUCAUCCAGGAGCAGUUCCCUGACUGAACUGGUAGCCUCUGGACCU